UCUGCCGGCGAGACGAGACUGCUCGCUGUGUGAGCGGUAGCGUCAGUCCCCAGUUGGUUAUCUCUGGGUACAGAUACCAAGGUCACUGCAGAUUGUUUACACUGGCAAUCAUUGUAUAGUUUGGUUGUACAUGUAUUUGGCGGUUGGUGUGCACCGACAGAACAUGUAAACAUAUGCCGCUAUAUGCCGUAAUAUGCCCAGUCCUCCGGAUACGCUCACCUUUAGCAAACACCCGUCGCACACGCUCUCCGGCUGCCAAGUUAUACUCAUUUAUUGGAAGGAUACGAGGCGCCAUGUCGGCCGAGAAUCACCAUGGUGAAAUUGUCAAUGUGGCCCUGUUUGGCCUGGGCCGUAUUGGUCGGGUACAUCUACGGAGCCUGGUGGACCAAGAGGAUGUCUGUAUCCUCUACCUCGUGGACGUCAUGCCGUCACAGGGGGAACUGCGUCAGCUGGUCAGGAAGCAUCGUUUAGCGGACACAACAGUGUUAAGCACAGAGGAGGCAGACAUCGUCUUCGAUGACCCCCGAAUACAUGCUGUAUUUAUAUGUUCGCCGUCUGCAUUUCACGAAGAAACAACGAAAAAGGCUCUCCAAGCAGGGAAGCACGUGUUCUGCGAGAAGCCGCUUGCACUGACCAACCGCGGUGUUCGGUCAUGCUAUGAUAUUGCUGAGAAGAGCGGCAAGAGGCUCCUAUGUGCCUUCAACAGGCGGUUUGACCCGGACCUCACCCGCAUCUACAAGAUGAAGGAAGGUGGUGAGCUGGGCCGUCUCCGCAGCGUCAAUAUAUACAGCCUGGACAAACAUGUCCCGCUCAGCUACGUCAAAACAUCAGGGGGUAUUUUGGUGGACAGUGUUAUCCACAUGCUGGACUAUGUGUGUUGGUUUGUUGGGGAGCGUCCGCAGACCGUGUAUGUAUGUGGCAGCAACACCUCGGCGUACGCUGAGGACUACCAGGCGUGUGACGACCACGACAUCGCAAACAUCGUACUCACCUUCCCGAGCGGGGUGUUAGCUAACCUGACGGCGGGUAGGGAAGUCCCUUAUGGAUACGAUCAACACUUCCAGGUUCUCGGUUCAAAGAAGAUGGCAGUGUCCAAAAACUACAGGAAGUCGGAAGUGGAAGUCUGGGAUGCAAAUGGCAGUUUGGAAGACGACUUGCUGGAGUCUUUCAUUGAGAGGUGGCGCUCCAGCUAUACAAGGAUUGUACAGCACUUCAUCAAGGUUGUUCACGGGCGAGAGGAGUGCGGAGUGUCGGCGGAGGAGUGCCUUCAGAGCCUGGAGCUUGUGCAGUUGUGCCAGGAGUCAUUGAGGUCAGGCAAUGUCAUCGGUGUACCCCAGCGGAAAGCGUGAAGACACAUGUCUGAAAUUUUCGUCACAUCUCGAAACGAACCGUCUUUCGAUGGCCAUAUCACAUCACAUGUUAAUAAAUAUGAUUGGAAGUCAG